AUGUCAGAAUACGGAGACAAAGACCGCCAUCACGUCACUUGUGAAACCUUUACCUCACUGAUCCAGCUCAUCGUCUUUCAGCUGGGAACAGAGGCAGACCCCAUGGUACCCUACACGUCGUCUCAGCUCGCAUGGCAGGUCGUGUUCCGGCUUACAGACGACUGGAUCGCUCACCCACAGGUCCUGGGAUUGCGGCCCGUGUCCACCAUUCGGUUUGACGAAAUUGCCAGAGACGCCUCUCAUUUGGAUCACCACAACCCACGGAUAAAUCCGCCGCGCUUCGAGUACCUGAGCAAGUUGUUGAUCAAUCUUUGGAACUCGUCCUACGAAAAACCCGACAGACAACGAGUCCUGAGCAGCUUAGAGCCGCUUGGCAAGGCUCUGCAGGACUUUUUCAGCAGCAGCAGCAGCAGCAGCAGAAACAGCAGUGCCGAACCUCUGCCCGAAGUCUGGAAUGUCAUCAACUGGUGGCUUCUGCCCCCGCAUGACGAGCACAUGUUCCGACCCGCCCCCUUGAUUCCUUGGGACGAGUGCCUGGCUCAUUUAAAGUACCUCGAGGGUCGUCUGCGCGCGAGCCGACACAUCUUGGAUGUGGAAAAGGCAAACUUGGUCAGGAUGUGGCUGCUCGAGGAUGACAGUGUGAGAAUGCAGCGGGAGCAGUCGAGGCAGCAGCUGAAGCAAUAUGAUCAGUGGUUCCAGACGCAACAGUACAAGCCAGAGCAGCAGCGGCGGCGGCGGUAG